CCUUUGAUUUAGUGAUGCAAAGAAUGGAUUAUCAUUUAAAUAAUGUCGAGAGCUAUCUACCUGAUGAUUGCUUGCUUAUUAUUUUUCGGAAGCUUCAAAAUAUUACUGAUCGAAAUGCUUUUGGCUUAACAUGUCGUCAUUGGCUUCAUAUUCAAAAUUUAGCACGCAGAUCAUUAAUCUUUCAGUUCUCUUAUAAACCAAAUAUUUACCAAGGGUAUGCUCAAUAUAUACCAAGACUAUUGGUCCGCUUCCCCUAUCUCAAUUCAAUAUCUCUAGCUGGUUGCACAGAAUUACCUGAUUCAGCAUUGGCUCGACUGAGAGAUUCUGGAUCAAACCUUCGGUCUCUUUCUUUAUAUUGUUGUUUUGGCAUCACAGAUAAUGGUCUUACUCAAGUAUCUACAGGAUGCACUCAUUUGGUAUCUAUUACUCUAUAUCGUUGUAAUAUCACAGAUGUUGGUUUAGAAAGCCUUGCUGAGUAUUGUCGGGCAUUGGAGAACAUAGAUCUUUCCUAUUGCAUAUUGAUUUCAGACCGUGGGAUUAAUGCAAUCGCCAAGAGCUGUUUGAAACUUCAUACUUUUAUGAUUUCAUAUUGCAAGGGCUUAACAGGUAUGGGAUUCAAAGGAUGCUCGUCUACUCUAACUUAUUUAGAAGCUGACUCGUGCAUGCUUACUUCAGAAGGAUUGUUGGAAGCUGUCAGUGGAGGUGGGCUUGAGUAUUUAAACGUGUCCAACUUGAGAAACUGGGUUGGCAUGGAUGGCUUGGGUGGGAUUGGUACUGGAUCUGCUCCAAGACUUCGAUUUUUAAACUUGAGAAUGUGUCGUUUUGUUGGUGAUGAAUCAGUGGCGGCCAUAGCCAAGGGCUGUCCAUUACUUGAGGAAUGGAGUGUUGCCGUCUGUCAUGAGAUCCGUAUUUCUGGAUGGUCAGCUAUUGGAUCAAAUUGUGGAAAUUUGAAGAUUUUACAUGUGAAUCGGUGCCGAAAUCUAUGUGACCGAGGAUUGCAAGCUCUGCAAGAUGGUUGUGGCCGACUUGAACUGUUGUAUAUGCAUGGUUGUCGUAAAGUCACUUACCUGGGAUUAGAGACAUUCAAAAUUCAAAGACAGGAUGUACAUAUCAGAAGAGAGGAACGCGUCUCCAUUGGGCCUUAUAUGGAUAGCUUAUUUUCAUGGUGAUAUUUUUCAGAAUGUAGAGAACUUAAACAACAACAAUGAUUACAUUUCAAAAGCUGCUCAUUUCUCCUUGUAAUUUGAUUUAAAGCUAUAUCCUCAAAAAAAAAUUCAAUGACAACUUAGCUUCAAACAAGCUCAGGUUUUUUCA